GCAGGGACGGAAAGUCGAGGCAGGACAGGGACAGGACGACAAGCCAACUCAGAUAAUAUUUUCGUCCUGCUGUGCCAACGGGGGGUGGUCCUAGAUCCUGCGUGAGAAUCGGCGAAGGUGUGACCUCUGCUCGACCCGUUGCGGGCGCCACAAAGCCUUGCCAAGGGCCAGGGACCGCGCAGGACACGAUCGACGGCCGCCAGUGACACAAGGACACGGAAGGACUUAACCUCAUCCUCGCGCCCAGGACUCGCGGAAUCGACGCCAAAAUGACUGAGGUACCGAGGCUCAACUUGGACAUGACUCCAUUCAAAGACGCCAAGCUACCCAUUAUUUGGGUGUUAGGAGGACCUGGCUCAGGCAAGGGUACUCAAUGCGUCAAGAUUGUUGAAAAGUUUGGGUACACCCACAUUUCAUCAGGAGAUCUUCUGAGAGCCGAAGUUGCCUCUGGAUCUGACCUUGGAAAAUCUUGCGAAGCCAUCAUGAAAUCGGGCAGCCUUGUUCCCACAGGAGUGAUCAUGGACCUCAUGAAGAAGGCAAUUCUUGAAGCUGUGCCAACAUCCAAGGGUUACCUCAUCGAUGGACUGCCAAGAGAGUUGGGACAAGCUAAGAUUUUUGAGGAGGAGAUCUCAACUUGUGCUCUGGUUUUGAACUUUGAGGUGACAGAUGAGACAUUGAAGGCUCGUCUGCUCGAGAGAGGCAAAGCCUCUGGCCGUGUCGAUGACCAGAAUUUGGACACUAUUUUGGCUCGCAUUGAGACUUUCCAUAAUAUUUCAGAGCCUGUUAUUAAGCAGUAUGCCAGCCUUUGUAAAACUAUCAAUGCCGAGCGGCCCGUGGAUGAGGUGUUUGCUGACGUUGAAACAGUCCUCAAAGCACUCGCAUAGGUCUCUUCAUUAUGGCCAGCUCAUUAGGCAUUAGUUGAAAUUGUCUCUUUUGCUCACUAUUUAGUUUUAAUGUUUUGUGCAUAUUGGAGAUUUUUAACUGCUAAUCAUACCAAUUAUUUUAUUAUUAACAAUACCAGUACCUGCUUUCCAAUCACUUUGCAAGUGGCUGUUUAAAUUAUUUUAUACCAGGGUAUUUUAUUUCUGGAAAUGCAUUUGUGUGCUUGUCUUAAAAAUUUAUUUUUGUUGUCUUUUUGCACAUUGCACGUGUGCUUUUGUGUUUCGUUUCUUUCUUAAAGAAACAUUAUUUAUUUAGGUCCUGGUGAAAAUUUCUGUCUUUAUUUUCUAUUGCCAAUCAUCCAGAGAUGUGGGAGUUGCUCAGUAUUAUUUUCCCUUGUAGAAAAACUACAUGUUGACUACUAGUCCCAUUGUCUAGUCAUUUUUCAAACAUUUGUACUAGUCAUAAUGUCAAUCAUCUUUACAUUUUAGUGCUGCUGAAGUAUGAACAUCAAUUGUCAGACAGAGACAUGCAGUGAGUUCUCAUUUUCGAUGAGCAGGCUUCAAUUUUUUGGUCAUUGUUAUAAAAAUGUUCUAAUACCAAAUGUAUUACUUCUUUAAUCCCAGUUAUCUUGUUGUAGUUGUUGUUACGUUGUUACUUAUUUAUUUCUGUUGUUAAACGUUCGAAAUGCUCUUGGAGUGGGAUGUGUGUGUGUAAAAUCAUCACGACCCGUGCAUUAAAUAAAAAAUUGCUCACUUUGAUUACACCAA